CAGAAAUACUCUUUAAAAAUACAGAACUCCAACAUCAGAUUUCUUCUUCUCUUCGCUAGUUUAGGUUAAUCAACCAGGGAAAAUGUACAAAACACAUUUGUAAGAGAUGAGAAAUAUGUUUUAUAACAAUUAUUCAGUAUUUUUAUUCGAUUUUUUAUGUGAAUAUUAUCAUUUAUAAAUUUGGAUAUAAAGUUAAAAUUAGUUAAAAGUACAAUAACUCAAUGUCGGCUGUACUGUCAUGCUAAAACCUUAAGAUCUGAACUGACUGAACCUGUAAAUAACAUAUUUAUAUGUCAAAAAUGAAGAUGGCCGAUGGAUCCACAAUCGUGCGAAGAAAUAGACCUGGUACAAAAGCAAAGGAUUUCAGUCAUUGGCCAGAUGAACCUUUUGAGGAAAUGGACAGCACCCUUGCAGUGCAACAGUACAUUCAACAACUUAUACGUCGUGAUCCGAAUAAUAUUGAUUUGAUAUUGAAAAUGCCCGAUUCGCAAGACGAAGGAGUUUGGAAAUAUGAACAUUUGAGGCAGUUCUGUAUGGAACUGAACGGAUUAGCUGUAAGACUUCAAGGAGAAUGUCACCCAGAAACAUGUACACAAAUGACAGCAACUGAACAGUGGAUUUUUUUAUGUGCUGCACAUAAAACUCCUAAAGAAUGUCCGGCCAUUGAUUACACAAGGCAUACACUUGAUGGUGCUGCUUGUUUAUUGAACAGCAAUAAAUAUUUUCCUAGUCGUGUUAGUAUUAAAGAAUCGUCUGUAGCAAAACUUGGAUCAGUAUGUAGAAGAGUUUAUCGAAUAUUUUCUCAUGCCUACUUCCACCAUAGAUCUAUAUUUGAUGAAUUUGAAACUGAAACAUGUUUAUGCAAAAGAUUUACGCAAUUUGUAACAAAAUACAACUUGAUGUCCAAGGAUAAUCUUAUUGUACCUAUUUUGGAAGAAGAAAACACACUUGGUGAAUCUGAAGCAUAAAUGUAUCUCGAAUGUCAAUAUUUCUAAUACUCGAUUACAUAAAAAAUAAAAACUAAUAAACAUACAGUGGAUAGAA